UGUAGAAACCCGCCUGAUCCCCCUCGCGGCUCUUCUUCUCGAGCUGCCGUACAUAGCCCUCGAAGAACGUUUCCAGUGCUCUCCACCUCGCGAUGCUGCGCUUCUUCCGCGCCGCCUUGAGCAUCGCCUUCAGGGUCGCCUCGAAGGCGCUGUUGUUUGAGGCCCCACGCAGUUGCUGCUGGGCCGUCUCAAUCUCCUUAGACGCUUCGGAGAUCGUGCUGCGCUUCGCUCGUGCACUGCUGUUGGUCUUGAUCGCUGGCAUCGAUUUUACUUGACUCAAUAAUCUCUCUGGAAAACCGUACAGAUGUCUCGGCCUUCGUCGCGAAACGCAGCUCGCCCGAGGAUUCCUGUGAGCCGAAGCUACGAGCGUCCUGAGCCGAAACGGAUAAUCUCGAAGCAUUCAGGCACGGUGCUGGAGGAUGGCCUGCUGGCCUGUGAGAAGGUGGAGCUCAGCGAUGACCAAUACGAAGCGGCCAGGGCGGCCUUCAGGGCCGAGGCAGAAGGGGCGCCACGGCUCGGACCGCAGGCGGUAAAGCGUGCUCUUCUUAGCCUCAAUCUCAGGCUCGAUGAUGCCCUGUUCCAACGCCUCGUGGAAGACCGAUGGCACUCCUACACCGACUCCGACGAUGCCGACCAUGGGCCGGGCGGGGGGGGGGACAGCGUCGACGUGGACGGUUUUGCGCUCGUAUACGGGAGUGUUGCGGCCCCGGCCAUCACGUUCGGACGACACCUCCGAAAGGCAGCGGGGCGAGGGGACAAGGAGCUCGUUCGAGAGCUGAUUCUUCGCGGCUGCAAUCCCAACACCGGAUCGGGCACCGGAGAGACCGCCCUCCACACCAUGGCCGCCUUCGGACGCGUGGACUGCGCCAAGGCUCUCCGGGCGCUCUGCGGGAAAGAUCUCAUCAUGCAGCCGAGGGACAAGGCGGGUUGGACUCCGCUCAUGGUGGCGUCCGGGAACGGGCACACGGCGUUCAUGAGGUUGCUGCUCGACGAAGGAGUCGACCCUGGUAUCGCCAACAACAGCGGACGGACGGCGAUGCAUCGCGCCGCAGCGAGAGGGAGGGACAAGGCCGUAAAGCUUCUCGUGUCUAAGAAGGUCAAGGUCGACGGCAGGGAUAAGUGCGGGUUCACCCCGCUGCACCUGGCCGCGAUGCACGACGAGGCAGACGCGAUGCGGGCGCUGCUGGAGGCUGGGGCGGACGUGGAGAUUAAAGACGCGCUCGGGUAUACAGCAGCGCACUUCUGCAGCGAUCGGUUGUGGGCCAAGCUCAUGGACGAACGAGAUCGAGGCCGAACGAAUACCGGCAGGAAAUGAUUUGAGAGGGGGGGGGGGUACUCUAAGAUUUGCAUGCCUUAGCGGUUAGACAUUAAGUUGACCACACGUCCUCGAGAGGACGGAGCGUUCCGGGGGGGGGCUAGAGGAGGAAGAGGCGUCUUCAAGGGCUGUGACUUCGCCGCGAGGAAUUGUUGGUCUUGGUUCUUGACCGCGCGUCCCGUGUCCCUCCCUCUUUCGGGACGGAGCAAGCCCCACAAGCAAAGCUAUCCCUGCUCCUGACGUGGCACGCUUCCGAUAUGGCAGGCAGGUGCUCGUCUCCCUUUCGGAAAAGCAAGCCCUGUGCAACGCCGAGCGCGCUUGCAGAAAGGGGGCAAUCGAUUCCAAACAUUGCUGGAAAUUGGUCAAGAAUACGAGAUGACGACAAAGUCCACGCCCUGCGAACGGUUCAUUCCAGAAGAUGCUUCGGUAUAGUAAUCACUUGGAGGGGUAGACUACAAGAUAGAGGUGCACGGGCGUGGAAUCUUUCUUGAGAGGGGAGUAGGGAGGGGUUUGCGCGUCACGAGGCGUGAGCGUGAGGGGCGUGGGAGCUUGGAAGUUCAGGCAAGGAACUUGACCAUAUGAACCGGUGCUCAUCCCGCACUGAAAUCUGUUUGGAUAACUACCUCACAGAAAGAUUGAGAAACGGGGCUUGGGGCAG